GCCGCGGCGACCGCAACGCUGUAGUUGAUGCCAUUAACGUCCUACCCCCGUCGUCGCCCCUCCCCCCCCUCCUUUUGAAAGUGCUCCCGCUCGCAAGUUGCGUGAAAUCAAGCCCCAAGAAAAGCAUAAUCAAACCUCCCCAACAACUCUCGCCCAAGGACGCGGACGAACGAUGGCUCGACCCCACAAUAUACACUUCCGAAAGGGCGCCGCCCACACCAGCGGCGACGAAGACACAUUCGGCGACGUGGCCUGAGCCGACCGUCACGGCGCCGCAGCGGCACCAAGCUCAGGCGCCGUUCAAAAGAAAACAAACCCCCCUUUCCCCUUUCCCCUUUUCCCCUUUCUCUCUCAUCCGUCCUGCUGAGGGAUCGAAUUCCACCGACAGAAGACGACAGCGUUCCAAAAGAUAUGCGGGGCACAAGCGCGUGGAUCGUCGUGCUCGCGGUCGCGGCUCGGCACGCCGAGGCGUACGCGCGACGCGGGGAUGCAGUCGCCGGCGCGGCGUGGGGACACAGGGCGUACGCGGCCAGGCGGGGCCUGCGUCCGACGUUUGGGCCCCCGAGCGCGCGCGUAGGCGGAUCCCGGGUUCCCGUGGCUGACGUUCUGGUCCUAAAGAACAGCGAGACGCAGGGGACGAGUGAAGGCACGGCGUCCUCGAUCGAAGCGGGACGUUCUGCGGCCGAGGGCGGCGGCGCUGUUGCAGGAGCGCCGGAUGUGCUUGGCGUCGGCGACGGUGUGCCCGAGAGCGAGGCGAUGGCGGUAGCGGCGCCUUCUGGCGUCGAGGAGCAGAGGAGAGCCCCGAUGCUGGUCGUACCGAGCGGCGCGGUGCCGCCGCCGCCGGCUGCUUUGGAGGCGAACCACGACAAGCUGCCUCAGCAUGGGGCGUGGACCGGAGGCGGCGCCCCAGGGCGAAGAAGGGGCGAGUGGAAUCGCCAGAGGAGAAACAAAGAAUGGAAAAAGCGAGGCUCCAAAUAGGUCGAUUCGUCAUGUUAAAAGAGCAGGAGGGCAUGUACGUAGCGAGCCAUAACAGAUCGUGACGCACAACUCUUACACCGGCUCGGCCUAAGCGUUAGCUUUGCAAAAGAGUGUCAAAGAACCGAAGGAACUGGCCUGCACCGCGCGUGCCGCUGUUCAAU